AGUGGGGAUGGAAGGUCAAAGGGACCCCCUGAUUGAUGGCACAAACUGAGAACCAUGCCUCGGCACUACUGCGUCAUGGUCUGCAAGAGUGACACUGGCUGAUCGCAUGGUGUCCUGGUAGACUCACCUGCAACCCCCACUCUCACUCUUGACUCCACUCUCCAUCCGCCCCUUCCCCUUUGCAGCAACCACCUUAAACUUCCUUGCACUUUUCUCACCUCGCACUUCCCAGCUCUUCUAUCCUUCUCUGUCCUUUCCCUCUCCCUUGCCUCCUAGCAUCGCAUUUCUUCGACACUCAUCUCAACCUCAACCUACUAAACUCGACUCUGGGGUUCCUGUCCUAUCCUCACUCGGUUAUUGCCAUCUCUCGCGCAGUUGCCUGAACUAUGACCGGACAAGCACCAUCUCCGAAGCGCAUCGCAGACUAUUUUUUCAUGGUCGGGCUGAGAGAUGACUUUACCCUAACAGAGACACCAACAGAAGACCAACACAGAUGCGAACAGGAGAAUGCACAUGCACAUCGCAUGAAUAACAAUCCACCAAUUCUGUUCAGCAAUGAUUCCACAUACAAUCAUACGAUCGUGCACAGUUCACUGUUCAAUGGUGACACAACGAACAAGAAUACAGUCUUGCCACCAUCUACAGCAAUAGAGGCGGGGGCAUUCACUAUAGCGGGUCAGACAACGGCCGCAAGGUCGCCCAACCGCACACGGUCCAAGUCCAUGGCGCAACCAGCUUAUUCCCUUACUACUGCUACCGCGCAGAUGCCUCCCACUCUUCCCAGCCAUGGCGAGGGAUGGCAGACUCAACAAAUUCUAAGUCCAGGAACAGAGCCUUUUGUCCCUCAAAGGGCGCCCGUAGCACGUAGGACAAGCAUUCUCUCCACAAGAUCGAAUAACCCCGGCAAGAGAUCGGGUACCGUGAGUGACAUUAGUCGCAAAGGAAGCACUGGACUUCACCACAAACCGACCUAUCGACACGUUUCGGCAGGCACGCUUUUCAAAACAGUACAAGAAGGAGUUGAGCAUCCUCAACUUACCAUAGACUCUCAGGCUGGACCUGUAUCCGCUUCACAGCGACAUGGCACAUACCCUACUACACCAACAUCCGCCACGACUUUACACCAGGACAAAGCCGCUCUCUCUGAGCAGGACAUGAAGACUUCGGCACUCAGUAAAAACAUGGCCAUGAUGCGGAGUCGAUCCAGGACAUUUCACGGAACUCAGCAUUUUCAGACAGACAUCCAUAAAGAUGCAGCACAAAAACCACUAGAUACACACCCAGCGGAACGUCUUUUUCAGCCUAUCGUGACAUGUAGAUAUCCAGAGAAGGACUGGAACGACGCGGAAGUGUUUCCACCGCAUCUGCCAAUGUUUUGUUUUCCAGGAGAGUUAUCUUUCAAGCUACAGGAGGAUCGGCCGCCAACGACAUAUCACUCGUUUGUUAUGACGCAGGAGAGCGGGAAUCGCUCAUACGCCAUGUGUGUAACACUGUACGAACGUCUACCAAAGCGCAUGCAGUGGCAGUUUGAUGCAUUGUGUCAGAACUGGACCAGGAGUCAUAUGUCCGAGAGCGAGAUGGAAUAUGCGAAGGUCAUCAAAGCAAAGAUCUCUAGAGAAAAGGCGCUCUUGCGUGGACUGCAGGACAGACUACGGGAGGAGCGGACACUCGGAAGAAAUGAUAGCAUUAUGGAGUUGAAGCGGGAUGUUGUGGAUGUGGAAGAGAAGCUGUCUCUUCUGGAGGAUCAAAUGCAGCCAUGGAGAAGGCUCUUUAUCGAAGCUGAGGAUGUCUGGGUCCCACGGUGCGUUGGCUUGAUCAGCCCGAUACCAUAUCAUUAUCUGCUGCGAGACUGGCUGCUAGCAGUUGUGGUCGCAUGUUCAGGAGGAGUAGAAUAUCCGGGAAUGAGUCUGAACUCCUUGCGACUUGAACGAUAUGUCAGGAACAUCAUUCACGAUGUCACUGUCCCGCCUCUUGGAAGGACGGAAAUCGCAAUUUCAGUGAACAACCGACUCAUCUACGCAUCUAGACCCGCGCUUAACAGCGUCCCCAUUGUCAAAAACUUCUCAUUGUUUCCGCUCUUCCGCUGUCUCUCAUCCGAAAAUGUGGUCACUCUCAUGGAGGUCAUGCUUUCCGAAGGCAGGAUCAUAUUGGUGUCGUCGUACCCGGGGAUGCUCACGCUCGCGAGCGAAAGCAUUCUUUACUUAUUCUUCCCUUUAUACUGGCAAGGAGUGUAUAUCCCGAUUUUGCCAGCCGCCUUGAUGACAUGCCUUCAAGCACCCGUGCCCUAUAUCAUCGGUGUUGAACGGAGCUGCUGCGACCCUGACUUUCCGCCAGAGGAUGCAUGCGUGGUUGACCUGGACAAGGGUACCAUCAAUGUCCAACUGGCGCCAGUACCACUGCCGCCUCGGCCGCGAAGGAAACUUAUCCAGUCCCUGGAGCAGUAUUCAUCCGCCUGCACUGCAGAUGGUGCGUCCUCAGGUCCUCCCAAAUAUGUGCAAGAGGCAUAUCCACAUUCUCGUCUGACCUUGUUCUGCGGUGUGUCUCGAGCGCCACGCUGGAAUAGGAAAUUGGACAGUCUGAGACCGCCCGUUGCCUCUACGCUUUCUGUUGCUACUAGUGCCUCCUCUGUUCCAAAUACAUCGCCAGCAGUCAGUAGGAAAUCCUCCACUAACACUCUGGGACAUCGUGGAUUGAACCCGAAUGUGCUGCCGAUAAUCCCCAAGGUUGAUUUCGAAAAGGAGACAUUGCUGGAGGGUUUUGGGGAGAUGAAGGCGGAAGAGAGCGUCCCAGGCGAUCCAGAAAGGCCCAUGAGAGAAACUGUCAGUAAGAAAGAUCUUCGAUCGGUAGCAGACACGAUGGAUUUGAGGAUAAACCAAAUUGCGCCAGAGCAGGAGGUAACAGAGUCACUCAAUAUGGCAACACGUAAGAUCCUAUCCCCACAACGUGCUCGUGCCAAUUUGUUCGAAGUUCCCAAAAAGCAGGAGGCAGGCGGAAAUCAGCAGACGCCACGGCAACAAUUACUUCAACCCGUGGAUGCAGCUAGCAAUCGUGGUCGCAGUAACAGCUAUAGUACCCUUUUGACGCUAUCGGAUGGCAUAAAUGAGAGACUGGCACAUCGAGCAUCUGUAACAUCGCUCGAGUCUUCAGGCUCGAGUAUCUUCCAGCGGUCAGCUCCGAUAGGUGGCACUCACGGGGCAACCGGCAGAGGUUCUCCCAUGUCGACUAUGACCUCCAAUACCAUGGCCAGCAUCAAUGGGCCAAGUUUUGCAUUCUCGCACCAACAAUACCCGUCCUCCUCGACCACUUCGCUUCCGCCACUGGUGCCGACGGACUCCACCAACAACAGCCAGAACCAAGGCGGUAUCGGAUUUAUUGAAGACGAGAUCGAGAGCGAACCUAGUCCUUCGAUACCCAUCACAAAGGAGGGCCACGUUCUCUCUAUGGUGCCGAACCCUAUUCCCAUGUCUGUGCUCAACUGCCGCUGUGGUAUCUGCUCGCGUGCCCUUGCAGCCCAUCAUCAAGUCUAUAGAUGCGAUGGGUGUUCACUUUUUGUGCAUGCGGGAUGUAUCGAGGAGCUGCUCUACCCCUGUGUGCCGCGUGGAUUCGACGAGUCUGGGAUCUGCUGGAGCGUCUUGCAGAUGUGGGCAGGCCUUCUGAAAGGGUAUCGAUCAGGUAUCCUUGCGGGACAAGCGCUGCAACAGCAGCAGUUUCAGCAGCAGAUUCAGAUGCAAAUGCAGACGCAGGGCCAUGGCCUGAGGGGAUAUGGGCACUCGAGACAGCUGUCAAGCAGUGGAAGUGAGAGCGAAAAGGAGAGCAAAGACAGGUUCUCUUGGGCCAGCUUCCGUGGGUGGACUAGUCGGAGCAGUGCUAACACGAGUAGCCCGGCACAGGCUCCAAGAAGUUCUACGGUGUUGUCUUCGGCCGCGGUUCAAUCACAGCCCCCCCACACACAGACACAACAACCGCAGACCAGAGCAAGGAGGGGAACGAACAGCAGUGUCGUCAGUGAUACAGUCCGGUUCCAUCGCGACGUGUUCUUGAAGAGCGUGGACAAGGAUGCCAGGCCGUUUAUGAAUUCCUUUACCGAAUCUCAGGCAUUCGUGCAGUUUGUGCAGGACAGAGUCGAUCGUUCCCCUGGAGACCCAGAGAUUAUGUUUUUUGAUGAAGUGAUCAAGGCUAAGAUCAACCGCUCCCGCUUCCGGCUAGGCAAAGAGGAGACCAAGUUUCUGGAUGACGCUUCUUAUGGUAUCCAAAGCACUGUCAAAGCCGUUGCACCGUCGGGCGAAAUACAGGAGUAUGAUGAUGACUCACGGCGAUUUCCUACACAUCUGAACCCUGCGUAUUUAUAAAGAAACGCUGUAUCUGAACUUGACAAUACUUUGCUCUUCCCCACUGCAAUAAAGAAAGGGGGGAGUUUGGUCAUCAAAUAUGGUCUCAA